GCAGGAGUGAUGGUUAUUAACAUUGAAACGCGAGGAGCAUGUGUCUUGGAAGUCUUCAAACGCGCAUCUCGGCAACAGAUUGGGGAGCAAAAGCCUGUCUUGGGACCCGGCCAGUGGUGUAAACGCAACUCGAAGAGUCCAAAGUCCUCUUCAUCACUUAAGAAUUCAGCAUGGUAUCCGUUGAAGUCCUCCGUCCGGCUCAAUACGGCCCCUCCAUCGACCUCCCGGCCCCAUAUCCGAAGAACACGACCUUUCCGCUGUCUUUGAAGGUUUCUCGGGUCGAGUUCUCAAUUGAUGAUAUUGUCACCGAAAUCCACAAUCUCACUGCGUCCGGUCGGAUACGAAGCCUCCUCGACCAACACGGAGCCAUCUACUUCCAGGAUCUCGCGCUUGAGAACCCGCUCGAAUUCUCAAAGUUCGCUCAUGCCUUUGGCUACGUUCCCCAUGAGGAUAUCGGGAAUCCUGUCCGCCGGACAGUUCUGGCGCCAAAUGUGGCCACUGCGAACGAGGGACCAAACACCAUGCCGGUGUAUCCGCAUAAUGAGUUUGGUCUAAGCCCGCAUUAUCCUGCUUAUGUUUUUUUCUACUGCGUUUCGCCGCCUGAGACAGGGGGCGAGACGCCGAUAAAUAACUCGGUCGGUGUCAAAUACCAACUCUUCCACCCCAACGGCCCGCGAGACCAGACCUCCUCGGCCGGCACCACAGUGCUACAGGCAUACGGCCAGCACGUGCUCGACUCAGACGAUACGAAAACCGCACGAGCUAAGAUUGAAACCGAAAUCCGUCGCCUGCCGACGGCAACAUGGGAGUGGCUGAACCAGUCAGAGGCCAAUCCGCUAGGAGACCUGAGGGUCUGGCAGGUUCUUCCUGCAAUCAGAAACCACCCUCGAACCGGCCAACCUGCAUUCUUCAACAAUGUCGUCUCGCGGUUCCUGAAUGCGCUGAGGAAUGGCACGUUGUUGCCGCCGCAUGUGAGCUCUGAAGGGGAGUAUUUGCCUCCCUGCUUUUAUGGCGAUGGGUCCCUGAUCCCCCGGGAGUACCUUGAUUCGGCGGUCGAGUUCAUCGGCCAGACAAGGGCGUUGGUGACAUGGAAAAGAGGAGACGUCAUUCUGAUCGAUAAUCAUGCUGUGCAGCAUGCGAGGGAGCCGUGGACGGGGGAGAGGAAGUUACUGGCGAGCUUGUGGGAUGAGCCAGAGACUGAGAGCACUUGAGACGUGAUUCCUGGUGAGUGGUGGGUCUGAUCAAAACCUGGCUGUGGUAUGCCAUAACAAAUGGAACUCCCAUGGAAUAAGCACGAACAUUCUUCCCUCCCUGUUGAGGGAUUUCUGGGACUGUCCUGUCCGUGGGCCAUGCAUGGUAAAGCGAGAUCAUCACUGUUCUGGAAGACGUUUGGAUAUAAUCAACUAGCAGC